AUGGGCGCCAGACAAUCCGCAGAGACACCGAAAGCAUCAUCAUCGGGUACGCACCUUUUUUGAGAUUCUUCUAAUUGUCUUUAAUUCAGGAAACUCAUCGUCGCUGAAAAGACAAUCGGCCGAAACGCCGAACGAAUCGGCAAAGAAGAGCGCAAAGAUUGAGAGAACUUUCGAGGUUCAGGAGGACGAAGAGAUUGUGAUGAAUAGUAAGUUUUCGGGGAGAAAGUGGGGAAAAUUUGAAGAAAAUGCAGGUGUUUCAGACAACACAAAAUCGGUGGAACAGGCCGACGAAGAGGAGGAGGAGGAAUUUGUGGAGGAGGCUCCGAAAGUUGAAGAAGUGACGAAGACGGAGGAGGAACAGAAGGAGAUCGAGGAGACGACUGUAGUCGUUAAAGGAGUGAACGGAGAAGAAGAGGCUGUGGUCGAGGAGAGCGCAGAGAAACUGAUCAGUGAGUUCCUUUAUCCCAAUUCACGGUCUCCAGAGCUGACAAUAUGGGCGUGGCCUCGGCGGCCAAAUGGCGUUUUCAUGAAUUGAGCACGUUUUCUCUGAUUUUUGUGGUCAAAGGCGAUGAAAAAUUAUUGUUCGACAUGAAAACACACUAAUUCUCAGAAUUAAUGACGUUUAGGCGCAUUUUUCGCCGACUUUGCUUUUUCGCCUUCGCCGCCGAUCGCCGCCUAAAAACCGCACUUCUCAUUUUGCGCUUUCUUGACCGUUUUCCGACAGAAUUGGUUUUGAGAAUGAUAAAUCACGUGAAUACAAGCAUUUUGAGCGCUCGAACCGCGAAAAUUACCGAAAAGCAACUGAAAUUCAUGCAGUUUUAUCCCAAAACCUUCAAACGGAAAAAUGUGAUUUGAGACUUGACCAAAUUUGACGCUCUUUCGCUUAAAAAAUUCGUAAUCUCGCCUGUACAAUUGGUCUAUCGAGAGACAAAUGAGAAAUUGACGGUUUUUCGUGGCUAAUCUGGCAAAAAAACACAAAUUUUGCUGUUAAAAUUUGAAUUUCGCGACAAUGUAUCGCUCAAUUGGGCGGGGCGCAUUUGCGCCCAUUGUCAGCUCUGGAGACCGUGCAAUUGGUCUUCUUCUUGAAGUCAAAAAUGACACGAACAGUUUCAGUCUCAAGAUUGUCCUCUUCGAAACAGUACAAGUUUUCCCUUUUUUGGCUUCAUGCCAAGCGCCCCUCCUUCUCUCUCUCUCUCUCUCUCUCUCUCUCUCUCUCUCUCUCUCUCUCUCUCUUUCUCUCCGGCUGGCCCCUCUCCGGUGGUGGUCGCUUGCAAACUGUCGACGCGGUGCCACGGAGGAGGGCGCACACACACACACAAUCGAUACAAUAUCUGUCGGUUUCCGAGCAGCCGCCCGUCUUUGUCGGAAACAUUCAAAUCUACGCGCCGUCUUCUUUUCGUACAGUUUGUUGAGAUUCGCUCGCAGUUUCUACUUCUAAUCUUGUCGUUUUCUACCUUUAUGCCGCGUCGAAAGUUUAAAAAAAAACCCGCAAAUCUCGCGGAUUUUGCAGUCCAAAGUGGGCAGAAAUUUGCGGGAAAACCGGGAUGCGAACAGUUGAAACGACUGCUACCGUACACCAUAAAACUACGGUAUUUUUUGAAAAAAUUUAAAUUUCUCGACAAUAUUUGCAAUUUUUUUCAAAUUUCUUGUGUAAAUUUUUCAACCGAAUUUUUUUCGAAAAAAAAUUUAAAUUUCUCGACAAUAUUUGAAAUUUUUUUCAAAUUUCUUGGGUAAAUUUUUCAAAAAAAUAAAAAAAAUAAUAAAUUUAAAUUUCUCGACAAUAUUUAAAAAAAUUUUCAAAUUUCUUGGGUAAAUUUUUCAACGGUAUUUUUUUGAAAAAAAUUUUGAAUUUCUCGACAAUAUUUGGAAUUUUUUUCAAAUUUCUUGGGUAAAUUUUUCAACGGUAUUUUUUUGAAAAAAAAUUUAAAUUUCUUGACAAUAUUUGAAAUUUGAAAAAAAUUGUGUUAUUUCGACACGUUUUUAAACGUGUUUUUUUCCCCCAUCUUUUCCGUUUUUUUCAGUGUUUGCUUAAAACGUGUCGAAAUAACACGCGGUCUCGAAGCGAACGCAAGUACGGUAGCAGUCGUUUCAACUGUUCGCACCCCGGUUUUCCCGCAAAUUUCUGCCUACUUUGGACUGCAAAAUUCGCGAGAUUUGCGGGUUUUUUUUAACUUUGGACGCCACAUUAAGAAGCCCCCCCCCCUCCAGUCCAUAACUUUUUUCAAAAAAAUCGCACAUACCCCUACGAGCGCUCAAAAUAACGGAAAUCAUCUGGAGAAUAUAAAACCAUUACACUAAUUCUCAAUUUUCCAGACGCUCCGUCCUUAAUCGCUGUGGAGGAGAAGCCGAAAUCGGAAAAAGAGGAAAUUUGGUCGGAGGAGGAGCCGCAGACGAACGGAGCCGUCAAAGAGUGGGAAGAGCCGAAGAGCACCGAUUCGGAGGAGAAACAUGAGAACGAGAAGGCGGAGCCGGCUGCUGACCAAUAG